AGACGAGACAAGCCUGGCACUCGUCAACAUCGAUAUGUGUUUUGUUAUUACCAUUGUGAAGCACAACAGCCGUCACGAUGCCAGUUGAUGUCACCUAUAUCGCCAAUAUCAACACAAUAGCCGCUCACAGCCUCAUAGUUCCAUAGUUUCAACUGCUCUUCAGCCAACCAAAUAACAUCAACUCCAACUUCCAAGCACUCCCCUUGCAACCGCUGGUCCCACGAUAGCACGUUCCCCAAACCCUUCUGCCAACUAAAAGGACCUACUGUGCCGCUCUACCGGGCCCCAUUACUGCUUUCGAUUCUUCGCCCCUCCCUUUCAAUCUCGUUAUUUUGGCUGUUAAAAGUCAAGUCAGUCCAGGUCUGUCUUGGUCUGGUACGAUUCGAGCGGCGCGUGGGCUGGUCCCCAAUUUUUUCUCUUCUUCCCCCCUUGUUCUCUCAUACUUCUUUUUAUUCCUUUUACUAUUAGACGAUCUGCCAUUUGGCUGAUCUUCGAUACUUUAACUUAUUUUGCUUCCUUGUUCUUCUUUCCUUACUCCAUAUCUCUUAUAAUAAGUACCGAUCGUUGCCGGUGGUGGAGCUACCUGAUUGUCACGACGACUUCAUUAUUGGGAUUUUGAGAUUCUAUACCCACUCAAUUCAGCUCGACGCAUAUAAUCACUCCACAGGCAGUGGUUCAAUUACAACAAUUCUCACCGCAGGACGGAAAGAAAGAGAGCUAUUUUGUUAAUUUGGACGAAAAAAGAAGACGGAUUGGAUAUCGCUACGGAUCACGGUCUCACGUAUAGAAAAAACGGCCUACAGAAAUCACUCAGACGAAAGAUACGCAGAGCACUCAGAAAGAGCUUGGAAGAGAAGACACGAGAAAAUGGCUUCGGCCUUGUCAAUUCGUCUCGCGGCAGCAGCCCUUUUCGCCCUUUCAGUAACAGCACAGUCAUCACCCGCCAUGUCCAUUGAGUCCUUUAUUCGAGCAGCUGAUGAUGUUCUCCACCGACCAUACGUUUCCCUACUAUCAACGCCGCUCGCUGAGCGUGAUGGGAACGCCACAGUCGAGCAGCUUCCCGCAGGAGAUGUUCCUCUGACAAAGGAUGGCUCGUUGAACAUGACGGCCUGGAACAUGGACACCAACGCUGCAUGCCGCUCAGUUCUCGGUGGACUGCACAAGAGCACAAACCCUUCUGGAACAUGCGUGUGCUAUAAUCUUCCCUCACUCGAUGUGAAGACUGGUGUUUUCGAGGCUGAUAUUCGACUGUAUCAAGUUUCUCAAGCCAGAGGUAGUUUUGCAGCUGUUGCACCCGAGGAUAUCAAUGUUGGAAUCUCAUAUACGGGUGCAAGUGUUAUGCCCAUUCAGCCUGCGGAUGUCAAUGGCACAGGUCUAACAGGCGGUAAGCCUGGUAUGGGAAAGAGAGAAGAGGGAAUGCAACUCCUACAAGCAUAUAUGUUGGUUGGAAAGAUCGAUGCGGACAAGAUGACGGAUAACAUGACUAUGGACGAGCUCGAAUCCCAUAUCAUGCCAACCCUCACCCUCACUGCCCGCAACAGCACAGGCAGUACCAUCCGCACCAACGUCUCCAUCAACGAAGCCGCUUUUCUCACUGGCGUCUUCUCCCAAGAUGUUGUCAUGUCUGACUUCGCUAUGGCCUCAGCCGCCGUCGAAGACCAGGUCGCCGCUCUCAACAACGGCACUGUCGCCUUUGUCCUCCCAGGCGUACAGCUCAUGGUCCUCCCCAUUGGUCUUAUCAUGAUGAGCGUCUGGCUGCUCAUCUUUGUCUCAGCUGUUGGCUUCGGCACAUAUGAGCGCUACAACUAUGCUCUCAUGUAUAAACGCAGGCAAGCUGUCACAAUGCCCAAGAAGGCGACAAUAUGAAGCAGGACAUGAAGUUGGGAUAUAAUCAAGCGAGCUUUUCAUUACUCUUACGGCCAUGCAUAGCGUUGUCGACUCUUUUUUUUCUUUACUACUUUAACUCUCAUAAGCGUGUCAUUUCCACUCUGCCGAUAUUUCAGGCACCAUAUGACUUUUUAGUUGAUAUCCGACCUCACAUGGUCCCUAGAUUCACUUUCUACACUACAACAAUAGAUAGUCUCAUAGCAUCAAUGUACUAGCCGCUAUAUGGCUGAACAAUCACCUUCUAAGCAGUAUAAAGUUCAUCCCCCAUAUUCGGCAUCUGGGGUGAGAUGUCAGAUUGUGGGACGAUUCCCCUCUACAUGAAACACCAUCAUAAAG